CGCUAAAGGACAAGAAUUUCCUCCUAUGCGAAACUUAUAUUUUUAUAAAUAAGUGAUCGAUGAUCGGAAUUAAUAAUAAAUUUAAUAAAAUAUAUGGCAUUUCUUAUUUGCAGUUAGUUACGUAAUUUUAUUCAAUUAUUAUUGAUUUGUGAGGUUCAAACGACAUGGAAAAUGAAUUGACUUCUCUCUGUCAGACAUUUCACAGGUUAUAAAAACAAGUGGCAACAUUGUAAAUUGGAUUAAAUAAUCGCCAUUUUGUGCAUGUGUAAUAUCGAAAGAUCAUAAUGGCGAACACUAUAAUCGCCCUGACGAGCCGGGCAUUGAGACAUAUACCCAAAAGGUCCUACCAAGUAGCGCCCAUGUCCAGCUACGUGCGCACUCUUAUCGGCAAAAGAGAGAUCGUAGGCUACGGUUUCAACGGUGAACCGAACUAUGUGGACAGGUCAGACUUUCCACUACCGGCUAUCCGGUGGAAGGAACCCAACGCAGAUAUCCUAGCUCUAAGAGAGAAGGAAAAAGGCGACUGGAACAAGCUAUCGAUUGAAGAAAAGAAAGCUUUGUACAGAGCGUCUUUUUGUCAAACUUUCGCCGAGUUUAACGCUCCUGAUGGCGAAUGGAAGUCUGUAAUGGGAUUAAGCCUUCUUAUAAUUUCAUCGGCUUUCUGGUUCUUCUAUUUCCUCAAGACUUUCGUAUAUCCUCCACUACCUGACUCAUUCAACAAGGAGAACAGAGAGGCGCAAUUUAGACGUAUGUUAGAUUUGCACGUCAAUCCGGUACAAGGUGUUUCAUCCAAAUGGGAUUACGAGAAGGAUGAUUGGAAGAAGUAAAUAAUUUAAUAGAAUGAAGUUAUUUUAAAACCGUUUAUUUAAAGGGGUGUUGGUGUUUGACAGCCACCGACUCUUCUUUAGAAAUAAAUUUUACUAGUAAAUGAUCACUAGAACGUUUAUUUUAUAUACCUUAAUAUACCAUGUGAUGAUACCAUGUCUUUAAGUUAUAAUAUUUAGUGUUGAUUGGAUACUCUGCAAGUAUUAAAUAAAGCUUUUUUUGUUAUCUA